AUGGAUCAAAUAGAAAAAGUUAUCCUUCUCCUCCAAAUAGAAGACUUAUGUGGAAAACUUGCUCCGCUCAUAAAAUCUGACUUCAAAGCUAUUCAAAAACAAGUUCGCGAGAUAACUACCGACUAUAUCCGUCAAAUUCCAUACUUUAAAGCCAACACACCCAAAAAGGCUCCUCAAAAAGAUAUGCCUAAAAAGCUUAAUCUCUCCGAAAUCUCCCUAACCCCUACAGCUUUAUCUAAAAUAGACACAAAAACUCCUCUAAAAACCCCAGAAAAAGAGCGUCCACGUAAGCUAAAUCUUUCUGAAACAACUCCAGUCAAAGCUAAUUUAAGCUUAAACGAUUUUAAAACCCCUACAAAAAAUGAGUCAAAAAAUUCUUCGCAAUUUAACACGCCAUCUACCUGCAGCUCACAAAAAAAAGACAGAAACAACUCCUCAAUAAAGCCAGGCAAAGUUAAAAGAAAAUUAAAUUUUACGCCUCAGAAGCCACUUUUUGCCUCACAAGGAUCAGGAAUCGGGACAAAAUUUACUUCAAGCCUUGACGGGGUUCCCCCAUCACACAACUCGUGGGAAUUUAAAUGCCAACCUGCUAAUAUUCAGCCUGAAAAGCUGUUUUCGGCAGCUUUGCCUCCAAGGGUAGAUUUAUCAAGGAUAUUUUUUGGGGAGGCGUGGAAGCUUGAUGGUUAUCGUAGCUCAGAAGAAGGGUUCAGGUAA